UUAACCUUUGCUAUAGGAGGUAAAAAUUCCUUGAAUAAAUAAACCAAUAUGAUAAAAUAAUAAGAACAGUUCAAACUUCAAACCACAAAGUUCAUGUAGCACGCCAAAACUCUAGAACUAAUAAAAUAUGAAACUAAAAGAAUAGAAGAGAAGAAAAACUAGUUAGAAGCCUACUCCCAGCGUGGUGUGUUCCUCCACGUUAAAAAAUUAGGUUUAGGACUCCUUAUAUAUAAAUUAGGACCGUAUAGGACCGAAAUAACCUUGUUUUAAUUAAAAUAGAAAAAUCAUUGUAACACAGCGUCCAGGGUAACGCCUCGCGCCGGCCCCGGCGCUGAAAGCAAUAAGUUUUCACGUUCCUUUGCUGCGUUCCCGUCAUCAACUGCAUUCUAAAUGCAAUUGUACUAAAUAUCCUUUUUCUUGUCUUCAAAUUGGGGGACAAAACUCAAAGGGUGUCCCCCCAUUUUUAUUCAUUUAAUUGUUUUUCUUUUUCUUCCGCCUUUAAUCCAAUUUUGUUUCAAAUCUCUUCAUUUUCAUACCAUUUUAUUUCUACACAACUAAAAUAUAAUAUUAAGCAUAAUGUAAUAUAGUUAACACUCAAAAGACGAUUAAAAGUACUAAAACGUAAGGUAACAAUAGAUAAAUAUAUGCAUUUUUGGUCGAACAUCAACAACCUUUUACACACCCAAACUUAUAAAAAAAAUAAAAAAAAGUGAAACAAUUACCUUCCUAAAAUGACACGUGGCUGCGCGACACUUGUUUGGAUUAAAAGGAAAGAAAGAAACUCCAUCUCCGGCAAUGCUUCCACCUGCUGAUGGCUGCGCCACCGCCAAGUUUUCCAAUUCCGAUUACAUUCUUUCUCUGUUAGCGCCUAUUAACAAAGAUCUGGUACAAAUUCUGCCUUUAAAUUCAUUAGAGCAAAAUAUUAGCUCUUGCUAGUACUGCAAUGCAAGUAUGGCCAAAUCUGUAAGUUUGUGCACAUGUUGAAUAAAAAUUUCUCCUAGCAGUCGACGCAGAAUUACAGAGAGAGAUGGCUGCAUACGUUGCAUUGGCUUCUCUAAUGGGAACAAUAGAACAGCUUCAGCUUUUGCUAUCAAAGUUAGAUCUAUUGGACACUCAUGUGGAAAGUUUGAAUUUACUCUACGAGAAGGUUGAUUCUCUGCAAGAGCUUCUUGAUAAUUCUGAUGGUGAACAAACGGAGAAUUUGCACGAAAAGGCCAGAGACAUAGCAAAUGAAGCAGAAGAUGAAGUUGAAUCACAGAUGAAGGUGGUAAUGGAGGAACAACAUGAUGGACUCCAUCAAAAGGAAGCCCUCGAGAGUCUUUUUGAGAUCUUACAACGAGGUAUUGAAAAUGUUGAUUCCCUCAAGGAAGAGCUCAUCAAGCACAGUCCGAACAACAACUUGCAAGCUGGAAAUUCCUCGAUUGGCGAUUCAAGUUCACCACGAUUGCAUGCUCCAACCCUUGAGAACGAUAUGGUGGGGUACAACAUUGAACAAGCAAACAUGCUGAAUCGUGAACUGGAAGUCAUCUUUGUUGAUGGUAAAAAGGAGUCGGGUUUUGUUGACUAGUGGAGACAUUGAGGUCGCUCAAUAUGCUAGCUCUCCCAAGGAUCCUUUCAGGAUGCAUUUACUUGAUGACCAAGAGGACACUUGGAAUUUGUUUUACCAAAAAGGAUUUGCAGAAGAAGGUUUUCCAGUUGAAUUUGGAAACAGAGAACAAAAAAAACAGUACAAGCAAAGCAAAGAAAAUAUAAUUUAUCCUCUGUACGUGUUGAUUGGCAUUUAUCCAGGGGUUACCCAGCCUAUUUUUUCACCCACCAAUCAAAUUACUCAUCCAUGCAAGAAAAGCAGUAUAUUAAACGACAAAGUUUGUUACCUCAUCGUACCAUUUUAAUUGAAAAAUAGAAGAUAUAAUCCCCUCUUUGCUUGUCC